UUCGCUCGCACCAUUUGGGACCAAACCAAACACCAAAACCUCUGAGCCGAGAGGAAAAGUAUCGGGCGAAUCACGUGGUCCGCCUUCCAUGUAAAAGGGGAGGCGACGGCGACGAAAUCGAGAGAGAGACGUCUCUCCGGCCGUCGGUCAACAAGAGGAGAUCGAGGAGGAGGCCGGCGGUGGCUGAUAGAAGAGAGAAAUGGGGAAGGGGUUUGCGAAGGCUGCGGUUGCGGUGGCGCUUCUGGUGUGGGCGAGCCGGCGGUACGGGUGGGACGGCGACGCGGCACUCCGGACGUUCCGGGAUCUCUCGGAGAGGCUGGGGAUGUGGGCGAUCCCGCUCUACGUGGCGGCCCACACCGUGACCCUGGCUCUCUGCCUCCCCUAUGCCGUCUUCUUCGAGGCCGGCGCCUCCCUCCUCUUCGGUUUCUUCCCCGCCGUCCUCUGCGUCUUCUCCGCCAAGGUCCUCGGCGCCUCUCUCUCCUUCUGGAUCGGACGGGCAAUUUUCAGGAAUUCAAAAUCCGCAAUGGGAUGGGUGCAGAGAAGCAAAUACUUCCAUCUUGUAGCUAGAGGAGUCGAACGUGAUGGCUGGAGAUUUGUACUCCUUGCUCGGUUCUCACCCUUGCCAUCAUAUGUCAUCAACUAUGCUCUGGCUGCCACAAAAGUUGGCUUUCUCAUUGAUUUCCUUCUUCCUACAGUUAUUGGCAGCCUACCGAUGAUUCUACAGAAUACAUCUAUUGGCAGCCUUGCUGGUGCUGCUGUAGCUUCCACCACUAGCUCCAAAAAAUCUCAAAUCUACUCGUAUCUUUUCCCUCUAGUUGGAAUGGUGUCCAGUAUUCUCAUAUCUCUGAGGAUCAAAAAGUACUCCUCUGGCUUUGCAGCGGCCGAAGAAGUUGAGCAAUCCGUCCACAGUGACGAGGGUGAUGAUGCUGUGCACUCAUCAUCCCAUAAAAAAGUGUCUGGCAAUGCAAUCAAAAGGAAGUGAUUGGUUUUUUCUAACCUUUGUUUUUGGAGAAAAAUCUCUCUUCAGUUUUCGGAUUAUACUUAAAACUUGAAAUCCAAAUUAAAAUUUCCUUGUGAUUGGACCACUCAAGAAGUUUAACUUUAUCUUCUUGAUGCCA